AUGGCCGCCGGUGCCUCCAUUCCCAUUAUCGUCGAGUUCACGUACCGUCCCGGUUUCCCCCCAUUUGGCGGACUCGAGUUGCUUUUUGGCAAUGAACGAAAGCAUAAGGUCACCUUGCCUGGUAGCAUGGAAGAUGGUAGCCCAACGAACAUCGCAUAUUUGCUUCCAUACCUGGUCGACAACCUGAUGCAGGAUCAAAGGAAGGAGAUGUUCAUCAUGGAAGACAAUGUGUAUGUGGGACAGAUAUGCCUAGCUAUGCACGAAACUAAUAAUCAUGAUAGUCGUCCAGGAAUCCUUGUCCUGAUCAAUGACGCCGACUGGGAACUCGAAGGCGAGGAGAAGUACGAACUUCAACCGGGAGAUAAUAUAGUCUUCGUCUCAACGCUACACGGAGGCUAG